AUGUCGGUAGGCAUUUAUGGAGGAUUCGACGAGUCUCUCCUGCACGUCUAUGGAACAACCCGCGCCCUUACUAUCAUCUACUUAGAUGGCCAGUCGGCAUCUCUGACUCCCGUCGGAACUCUCGACUCACAGAUGGCGCUUCUGCAGGGAAAUGUGCCUAAGUCCCCAUCUUAUGACCUUACAUACGACGAUGAUCAGAGGGCGCUUGACCUGUGCGAGCUCGUUGCUGAGCUUGGAAUUGAUGGUGUAGUCCGCAUGAACGCUGGAUUUGAGGUGCUCUUAUGUGACUAUACGGCCGCCAAUAUUGAGGAGAUAUCCGUGACCAAUAUCACAGUGCCCGGAAACAAGGAAAAUGAGAACAACGAUUCUCUUUCUCAGGAUGCCAACCGGCAGCCUCCUCGCGGUUUCGGCAAUAUCUUUUCGGAACAAGGCUCCUAUGAGUGGCUUCGGAGCGCCACUUGGCAUUACGGAGCUUAUGGUGGGGGAGGCCCAUCAGAGAGGAGAGUGAAGCUCGACAUCUGCUGUCUCAUGUCCUUCUACGACCCUGACCUCUCUAGUCUCGCUCACUCCCACCAUGGAGGCAUCAUCGGGAAUCAGACCUACCAGAAUGGAUGGGGCCUACGUCGAGGACAUCAAUUGGUUGAGAUUGACACAUACGAUGUUGAACUCGCUCGAUCGUGGUUAAAGGAGAUGACGUUGCCCAAGUUUAGAAACAAAAAGUGCUCCGGUAUCGACUGGCAUUCGCUCUUUACAAGCGUUCGAGCCCAACAUGGGAUGCGUGCCAAGGAGAUCAGGGCAACAUUCCUCUAG